AAAUGUGUUUGCCGAGAUUAGAUCGAGGACGCUACAACUUGAACAUAACCUACCCGCUGGCCACUCGUAAAUGCAAUUGCUAAAAUGGGGUCCCGUGUGUUUAAAAAAGCAAGAUAACUUGUAAAUAGGAGAAUACGUCAACGGAGUGGCGUCUGUUUUGUUAUUAUGCGUCUGAAGACUUAACGAAACCGCCCAGCAUCGGAGUUUUAUCGGUGACUUUUACAUCCUUGACGUUUUCUUUCGAACAUAACCUUGGAUGAUUAUUUCUAAACACUUCGACCAAUUCGGAGUAUGUUAAUUAUGAGUAAAAAGGAUUGAUUAAUGAGCCAAGAAAAGAAACAUUUCUUACUCAUGAAUGGCUAGAGUGAUACUAUUUUAAUGGUGACAAUGUCCAUGGUUGUUGUAAGGACAGAUAAAUCUUUCCGUAAAUUACUCAAUUUGGACUGCCAAGAAAAAAAUUCCAUUUUAAAAGUGCAUUGUGACAAUCCUCCUUUAAAUGUUCAAAGAAGUAAAAGGGAGCAAGAGCAAUAUUAGCAAAGGUAUCGCAAUGUCGAGCUAACCUUAAUUGUACUUGGACAAACAUGUUCUACCCUUAAUGUACAUACAUGAGUUUAAUCAUUCAGCAAAUAUGCCUCACCCUUGCGUGGUUUGCGGACGGUCUCGAAUGAAUCCAAAUAAUCGGGAAGAAGAAUAUAUGUUUUUUGGCUUUCCUGUGAAUGACGAAGCACGCUGCAGGAAAUGGUUGGAGUUUUGCUGUAGAGAGGAUUUGUAUAAACUCACAAAGAAGCAGCUCUUGCAACGUAUGGUGUGCUCAAAACACUUUGAGCAAAGAGACUUUCUUAAUGAAUAUUUCGAUAGGCUCAAUUGCACAGCGGUACCGUCGAUUUAUGAUCCAAAACAAAGUCUGUACAAUAUAACGUGCGUUCUGUGUGGCAGAUUUCGUCGAGAUCCACCCAAUUUAGACUAUGAUGGAGCUACGUUUCAUCAUUUUCCUGGAGAAGAGUUCCGUUGUUUAAAGUGGCUGGACUUUGUUGGCGUCGAUUCGUAUUACCGGCUUACCAGAAAGGAAAUAUUAUUUUGUUACAUUUGCUCGAAACACUUUGACCGUUCUCAAUUUAUGAGAGGUUACAGAAGUAGACUGGUCGACACAGCAGUACCGAACAUUCGAUUUCCAGAUCAACUGGAUGAAACAGAACCAUUCAUAAUGGAAUUGGUACCGGAACCCAAACUCUUCACUACGCUGGAGAAGGGAAGAAAAUUGGAGCCAUUGCCUCUUGCGGUUCUGGAAAGUCAAGCCUGCGCCGCAUGCGGAAGAUCUAGAUCGGACCCGAGAAACAAAGUAGAACGGUACAAGUUCCAUCCAUUCCCCGCUUACGAGAUUGGACGGUGCCUGAGAUGGUGCCAGUUCCUCGGCAGGGAAGACUUGUUGAAGAUGUCACCAAAUCAAAUAAGAAAGUUGGUCUUGUGUUCAAAGCAUUUUCAAACGGGUCAAAGGUUUCACAAAGAAGGACCCUGCGACGCCGUCCCCACGAUAAAGGACGUUUCCGAGCUAGAGCCUUGCGACGCGACCGAGCAGGUGGAAGCGGAGCAGGAGACAAUUGAGGAGUCGGCAUCCCCAGGAUCGAUGAGGCCCGGGAAGAAGCAAAUGCUUACUAGGCCAUUGGUGUCCAGUAAGAAACCAAAGAUGGACAACAAGCCGGCACCUCUGGCCAAAAAGCGAGGCAAGUCGCGAAGGCCAACGUCGAUCAUCGUUCCGAGGCCGGAUCCGAACAAUAUCGAGAAUCGAGUGGUCAGGAAGUUGCCACUCCCACCUGCGGCUAACUGGAAAUUGAUUUCCAACCAAUUCCAGCCCAUCACCUUGUCGAACAAUAUCACUUCUAAUAUUUCUUCGAACAUCACCGCUGACGGGAAAAAGGUUAUUUUGCCAUUUACUGGAAACAUAUCCAAUCUGGGUGCUCCGAUUCCUGUGCACAGCCUCUCGAGCAUUCCACCUGGAUUACUAAUCAAGAUUAAUCUUCCGGAUCAGAAGAACACCCAAUUGGGUAAAGGCCAAAAUCAUCACACCAGGAGAGAAAAUUUAUCUCAUGCAGGGGUUGAAGGAACGGGAAUGAAGAAUGGCCAAGUCAUUUCGGAGGCAAGUCAAGGAAAGACAAUUGUUCGCUCCCCGGAGCAGGACCUGUCGGAGCUGUUGUCCUUCUCUCCGGACUCCAAUGCUGGUGAAGACAACUCCGAGGACGCAAACGUACAGGGAGAGGUGAUACUGCCGCAUUCCCUGGAGAUCAUGGAAGACGACUCGAUGCACAUAAAGAAGGAACGCUUCUAUGAAGAAUCCCUUGAGGACGAGAAGCCACCUUUAAAACGGUCGAGGAGGCGCAGUCGGAUGACUGGGAGAACGAGGAGAACUAUAAUGCCUAUUAGGAGUGAACUCAAGUAUUUUUUGCAGAAGAUCAAGCCACAGAUGCACAAGCUUCCAAGAAAAGCUCGAGCACAGCUCAAGUUGUCCAUCGUUAAUAUGGUUAUUGACAAAUUAUAGACUCUCUCUCCCUAACUUCUUCAAACCGAUUAAGUCAGAAAGGAUGUAACGUCCUUUCAAAUGGUGAUUCAUUGGUUUUACUGAGGAUUCGAUCAGACUGAAUUGUACAAUGUUAUCAUUAAGCUCUCAAGACCAGAAGAAAUUAUUUUCUUUAUUCUAAGGAUUGUGGUACGACAAUCCCAAGAGGUGUAUAAACAUUAGAAAUUUGACCACCGAUGCGAAUAUUUUCAAUUAUAAAUAUUUCAAGAUGCCAGGGAUAUUUCUUGCAGUGUCACUUGUUUCUUUUGCGCGACAUAUCUCGGUCACAAAUUUAUCUUCGACGCAUAAUUUCGUGGUAAUUAUUUGUACUUAUUCUAAUCUCAAUUGCGGAGAUUCUUUUCUCUUCAAGGCAGAGUGAUCGCGACAUUUUAAUGUUCGUUAUUUUCCUCGUAAAUUUUGCAUUUGGAAAUUGGAAGCUUGGACGUGUGCUUUCGGUUUGGUCUAAUUAACCUUUUACAAUGGAUCGUUCAUGCAAACUGCACUUCCAGUGUGUACAUAAACAUACAUGUACAAAUAUUUACAUUACAUUUAUACACCAUAGAGAUAGUAAGUUUUAUUAGCACUUUCUUUUAAGAAUGGGUGCGCGCAGAUUUAUUGUACAUUCAGAGUUCGUGUAAAAUAUAUAAGUCAAGUACUGUUCCAUAA